CGGUUUCAGCGACAGGGUAAGGGAGUUAAGGAAGGAGUUGGGGUUCGGGGUGCGAAGUCAGGGCGCAGCCAGGCAGAGGUACAUCGGGGAGCCAGGUAAUAAUUUCAAGAUGCCAGGGCGUGCCAGUUCCAAUUCAGGUUCGACUGGUUUCAUAUCCUUCAGCGGCAUAGAAUCUGCUCUGUCCUCCUUGAAAAACUUCCAGACCUGCAUCAGCUCUGGAAUGGACACAGCUUCUAGUGUUGCUUUGGACCUUGUGGAAACUCAGACUGAAGUGAGUAGUGAGUACAGUAUGGAUAAGGCGAUGGUUGAAUUUGCAAUCAUGGAUCGGGAACUAAACCAUUAUUUAAAGGCUGUUCAAUCUACAAUAAACCAUGUAAAAGAAGAACGUCCAGAAAAAAUACCCGAUCUAAAAUUAUUAGUGGAGGAGAAGUUUUUGGCUUUACAGAAUGAGAAUUCCGAGGCAGACUUUCAAAAUAAUGAAAAAUUUGUGCAGUUUAAACAACAGCUGAAAGAACUAAAGAAGCAAUCAGUGAAACCUAAAGAAGAUGGAGGACGCAAUGAGUUCGACAAGAUUAAGGAUAAGGAUGCAAGUAGAGCAGGCAAUGAACGAGAUGGUCUUCAAGCAGACAGAGACGCCGAUGGCACGGAAGGAGUUGAUGAAGAUAUGAUUGUGACCCAAAGCCAGACCAACUUCAUCUGCCCCAUUACGCAGUUGGAAAUGAAGAAGCCAGUGAAAAAUAAAGUGUGUGGCCACACCUAUGAAGAGGAAGCCAUUGUUCGCAUGAUUGAGUCCAAGCACAAGCGGAAGAAAAAGGCCUGUUGCCCCAAAAUUGGCUGUAGCCACACAGACGUGAGAUUGUCUGAUCUCAUCCAGGAUGAGGCUCUGAGAAGGGCGAUUGAGAGCCACCACAAGAAAAAACAUCGUCAGUCUGACUAGGAAAAGCCACCUGCCUGCAGGAAACUCCGCAGCCUACCUCCGACCCCAGACAUCUGUAGAGGGCAAUGCUUGUCAAAGCACUUUGACUGGCUGCAUAGCAUACUUUGGGGUAAAAUUGAAGGUUUUCGUGUAUUUGAAAACAUUUUUCUAUGUUCCAAUAAAAAUCCAAGCAUAUUA